GUAAGGUAUCCUCUGAGAGGGCGUCCAAGCGUACCGUGCUGCAGCGAUGCCGAGGCGUGCGUGGCCUUCCAACCUCAAAACAUCCUCGUCGAUGGCGGCGAGAUAGCUAGAGAGAGCGCUGCCAAGGACUGCGGGGGUCCUUCUCCUGCUCUUGUGCGCUUUCCAAGGCCUCCCACGACACGGCGGGCUGGCGCGCGUAUUUUCGGGUUUCGUCGUCGCAGAUUUUCUCAAUGCGAUUACACCUAGUGCGGUGGGAGACGGUGUUGGCUCUGGCUGCGUGGCUGGCGGUUGUUAGUGCUGCUCCUGAUGCGUCUGUCAAAGUCCUCUACACCAGGGGCGCUGCGCCAGGUACACAGACUCACACACGGGAAAGAUGCAGAUGCAGAUCAUCGCCCAUCUCAUCUGAUGCCCUCUCUCCUCUCCCUUUGCAGGCGGUCAAGUUCUCGUGACGUGGAAUCCCUUUGCCCUUUUCCCCAACGACUUCGUGUCCGUCCGGCUGAUCAGCGCCUCCAACAUCGACAGCUUCACCUCCUCCCGCGACGGCAUCGCAUCAUCGGCCAUCUCGUCCGAGAAGCUAACGCGCAAUGACGGGCAGUUCGAGCUGAAGCUGCCCUACUCGGUCAGGGAGGGCUCUUACGUCGUGGCCGUCUCCUCGCCCUCGCGCCACGGCGCCUACGGCGCCAGCAGGAAGCCCAGCGUGUCGGCGGCUUUCGAAGUGCACAGCUCGGGGUUCAGCCACACGCCGCUCACCGAGGCGCCUUACGUGCCCUUCAGGCCGGGGGCUGACUACGAGGAGCGGAGGGAGCGGAGAGAGCGGGAGAGGGAGAAGGAGAGUGAGGAGGGCAAGAAGGAGACGACCGCGCGGCCGACGAUGCCCGAGGGGUCGACCAUUAUCUUGACCGAGCCGACGAGUCAGCUCUACGUGUCGGCUGAGAGCGUGCCUGUCCGGUGGAGCACUCUGCCAUGUGCGUGAGGCGGGCAAGCCAUGGCACCCGAUGGAUGGAUGGAUGGCUGGAUGUGUGUGUGUGUGCGUUUGUGUGUGCGCAGCGUACAAGGGUCCGAUCGAGCUGGAGGUGUGGAAGGCGCGUGAUCCUCGGCGGCCGGGCAACGGCUCCGACAGGGUGGCCUUCUACCACGUGGCCAACACGGGCGCCAUGGACCUCAACAUGGCCAACACCGCCUGUGAAGGUCCGUCCGUUUCUUCACCACCUGCUCACCCCACCCUCUCUCCAUCAUCUGUGUCCCUCUUCUCUCUCUGCCUCAGGUUAUUACUACCUGGUUAUCCGGCAGGGGGCGCAUCCGCGGGACGAGGCCAAGUCCCGCAGCUUCCAGCUCGACACACGUGGCCGGUGGUCGAACGCCGACAGAGACCCCUCAUCAUCUUGUCAGAUCGAGCCACGGCUCAAGCAGAAGCGGGCGCAGGGUGCCGACGGCGAGGACGGCGGAUACGAGGAGGACGAUUCGGCGUCGAAGUGGACCGACUGGUUCCAGUUCGAGUGGCUCAAGGAGUGGUGGGGGAAGCUCUCGAGGUGGCAGCCGUCGCCCACCGAGGUGGUGUACAUUGUGACGGGUGCGGUGGUGGCCGUGGCGCUCGUGACAUUCCUCGUCAUGUGCUGCUGCUCGUGCUGCCGCAGCAAACGCUUCACCGCAUACGCGGAAAACUGCCACCCAAACCAGGUAGGUACAGGCACUGAGUCAGGGUGUGUUACGAACUUUCCUCACUUGUCUGUCUGUGCGUGCAGAGGAGGUCUCGUCGGCGGCGGCGGUCAUCGACCGGCCGUUCCACCCGGCAGUCGUCUGUGGCCACGACCGCAUCAUCAUCGCAGCCCAGCCCCCAGCCCGUCCCCUUCCCCUCCCCCAUGCUGGAUCCCGAACACGAGCCCUCGCCCCGGGCCAGACCCACGCCCCUCCCCCUCCCCAGCGCCCCCCCACCCGACACACCCCUGGCUGCCAUACAUGACGCGCAGGCCAUGGCCGCCUACCACUCUGCAAGUCCGCCGCCGUCUUCGCCAUCGGUGUAUGAGGCUGAGCCCGAGGAUCCCGAUGUCGAGACGUGUCGAGUGGCGGUGAGAGGCCAUAAUGGUGGUGGUGGUGGGCCGAGGGCUGUCAUGAUAUAGCAGGGGUGAGUUUGGUUUGGACGGGCGGUGGCUUGCGGGCUUUUUUUCGUGUUUUUUGUUUUUGGUUUCGUGUCUUGGUUUGGAUUGGGGUGUGUUUAUGGUGUGGUACGGUGGUUGGGUGCUGCGUGUGUGUUAUUUAAUGUUACGGCGGGCGGUGGUGGUGGUGGUGUGUGUGUGUGUGUGGUGGUCUGCUGUGGCGGAGCGGCGAUGUGCCCUUCCCUGAUGAAUUGCGUACAAUGUCCAUCCCCCUGCUGCUGAAGCACACGCGACUUACUAUUGCUUGCUGGCGGCCAAGUAUGUCCCCGCGUACGUACGUUUGUAUGUGUGUCUGCCGCCCUGUAUUUAUCCCUAUCCCCAUGUCUGUCUGGCUCUGUGUCUUCUCUGCCCAUCUGCCGGUUUGUGUGUGUAUGUGAAUUAAGUAACGGGGAGCGGCAAUAAUCGAAAGAGGUUCACUUGACGCUCCGGCUGGCUGCUGAUGCUGUAUAGCCAUUAUAGCCAAUUCCACUCGCACACACACGGACCAAUACACACACACACACACACCCCUCUGUUGAUAGCUACCUCCCUGCAUGAGCGAGUGGAUGGAUGGAUGGAUGGGCGACAGCAGCUGACGAGAGAGUGCGUGUGUGUAUUUUCAGCGAACCAACGCACCGUGGCACACGCACAUACAGGGAGGGAGGGGAUCCAUAUGCGUGUGCGGUUUUUCGUGUGCCCGUCUCGUGGUUGCAUCCCAUACCAUCCAUGUGUUUCUCUUUUUUUGACAGAUGAUGUGUGGUGGUGACAUGAUUGUCGCAUGCGGAUCGGAUCGUGUCAUUGCAAUCAAUGCGUGUUUUCGUGAAUGAAUGGAUGGAUGGAUGGAUGGGUGGAUGGGUGGAUGCAUUUGAGCGGAUUUGCGCCGGGUGCGUGGUUGCGUGUACAGUCCAUCACACUCGCUGACCCACUGGCUGCCUGCCUGACUGACUGCCUGACUGACUCCCCUCCCUCCCUCUGUGUGUAGAGACCCCCCCAACCGGAUGUGGACACCCCCCUGUGUGAGUGCGUGUGAUGCCAUCGUAUCAACACGGUUAACCGAAGCUUUUCU